AUGCCAGUUUAUACAAUGUCCUGCUUUAAACUCCCUAACAAAUUGUGCAAAGAAGUGACCUCCAUUUUUGCUAACUACUGGUGGGGAGAAAAUGAUGGGAGAAAUAAGAUGCACUGGUGCUCAUGGGGGAGAUUGGCUAAAGAGAAAAAAGAGGGAGAUUUGGGAUUUAAGGAUUUGCAGAACUUCAACAAAGCCUUGUUGGCUAAACAGGUCUGGAGACUGAUUUCCAAACCAAAUCUUUUAGUCAGCAAGGUCUUGAGGGCAAAGUACUUCAAUAGGGACUCAAUCUUUAAGUGCAAAGUCCCAAAGUGUGCUUCUUGGAUUUGGCAAAGUAUGAUGAAUGUGAGAGAUUUUGUGCAAAAUGGAACUAGAAAGAAGAUAGGCAAUGGCAAGGCUACCAACAUUUGGGAGGAUAAUUGGAUCCCAGGAAAUAAGGAUGGAAAAGUCACAUCUGCAAGGCCUUAG